AGGCGGCUGCAAUUGGUUGUGUUCCCCUGUGAAUGACGUUGAGCAGAGCUGGGUCGGGUGAUGUCUUCCGGCUGCAAACCAGCACAGUGUAGGAACAGCAGCGGGUGAGAAGCCUGGGUUGUGGAGCCCGAGCCGGCACGGUAGCAGCCGGCAGUGAGGUUGCAGGAGCGGUGAGAGGCCUCGCUAGCAAGACCUAGUGACGUAUGCAGACUCGUCUGGAUUGUCAAGUCAUGUCAGCAGAGCGUCUGAUCGAUACCUGACUGGCCCUGGGGGCCGGUGUGUGGGAAAACUGACCCUCCCCCCCUCCCUCCCCAGUCUACUCCCUGCUGUAUUUUCGUACAAGACGCUCAACCCCCUCCGUCUAUGUUCCUCGUGGAAACCGAUGGGAAUCGGCAGAAAUACAACCACCAAAGGCAGCAUGGAGCCCGGGAGCGCAUCCGAUAGCAAGUACGAGGAUGAGAAACACUCAGCUUCAUUCUACCCAGUGCCGGUGGUGAUGAACGGUGCGGUUCCAGCGAGCAGCGAGCAGGACACGGAGGUCACCGAGCUGAUGGCGGUGUACGGCAACGAGAACAGCUCUCCAGAGAAAGGUUCCCUCACUGAUGCUUCCAGCAACAGGGGAUGCCCGGAACCCCGGGAAAUGGACAUGAUCUACACCAUUGAGGAUGUUCCACCCUGGUACCUCUGCAUAUUCCUGGGCCUACAGCACUACCUGACCUGCUUCAGUGGCACCAUCGCUGUGCCCUUCCUGCUGGCGGAAGCCAUGUGUGUCGGUUAUGAUCAAUUGGCCACCAGCCAACUGAUUGGGACCAUCUUCUUCUGCGUGGGCUUGACCACCCUGCUGCAAACCACGUUCGGAUGCAGGCUGCCCCUGUUCCAGGCCAGCGCCUUUGCUUUCCUGGCUCCUGCUCGCGCUAUUCUGGCCUUGGAUAAAUGGAAAUGCAACAACACAGGUCUCCCUUUUCCAAAUAGCUCUGAAAAUAUGGACUCGUCACAUAUUUGGCACCCAAGGAUACGAGAGAUCCAGGGAGCCGUGCUGGUAUCUUCCCUCGUUGAGGUGGUGAUCGGUUUCCUGGGGCUACCGGGAGUGCUCCUCGACUACAUUGGCCCCCUCACCAUCACCCCAACUGUGACACUGAUCGGCCUGUCCGGUUAUCAGGCAGCAGGGGAGCGAGCUGGCAAACACUGGGGCAUCGCGAUGCUGACAAUAUUAUUGGUGCUGAUAUUCUCUCAAUACGCACGGAACAUCAAACUGCCUCUUCCCAUUUACAGAUACAAAAAGGGGUGGACUGCCUACAAGUUGCAGCUAUUCAAAAUGUUCCCGAUUAUUUUGGCCAUCCUGGUGUCGUGGUUUCUGUGCUUCGUUUUCACGGUGACUGAUGUCUUCCCACCAGACAGUGGUCAGUACGGUUACUAUGCCCGCACAGACGCAAGGAAAGGGGUCCUCGAUGUGGCACCGUGGUUCAAAGUCCCUUACCCUUUACAGUGGGGACUCCCCACCGUGUCCCUAGCGGGAGUGAUCGGGAUGAUGAGUGCGGUGAUUGCCAGUAUUAUUGAGUCCAUCGGCGAUUACUACGCCUGCGCCCGGCUGUCCGGUGCCCCAACUCCGCCGAUACACGCAAUCAACAGGGGCAUCAUGGUUGAAGGUUUUUCCUGUAUACUGGACGGGCUGUUUGGCACCGGAAACGGGUCCACAUCCUCCAGCCCCAACAUCGGGGUGCUGGGAAUCACAAAGGUGGGGAGCAGGAGGGUCAUACAGUACGGAGCUGCGAUGAUGCUUUUGCUGGGGUCCAUCGGAAAGUUCAGUGCUCUCUUUGCAUCGCUCCCCGACCCAGUCCUCGGAGCUCUCUUCUGCACCUUGUUUGGAAUGAUUACUGCCGUGGGAUUGUCCAACCUUCAGUUUGUUGAUCUCAACUCCUCACGCAACCUCUUUGUCCUCGGAUUCUCGAUCUUCUUUGGUCUCAUGUUGCCCAGCUACGUGAAGCGGAAUCCCCUUGUAACAGGUGUUGUUGAGGUUGACCAAGUGCUGAACGUGUUGUUGACAACUGCCAUGUUUGUGGGUGGCUGUGUCGCCUUCAUCCUGGACAACACCAUCCCAGGAACCGCUGACGAGAGGGGCAUUUGCAAGUCGAAGAUUGGAAUCGUUGGAUUCAAGACCUCAGACAGCAAUGAGACCUAUGACUUGCCCAUCGGCAUGAAGUAUCUCAGGCGAUACAAACUGUUCAGUUACCUGCCCAUCUGCCCGACCUUCACUGGGUACUACUGGCAGGAGUACAGGGAGAAGAAGAACAGUCGGAGGCGGGACGAGAUCCCCGAGUCAACGGUAUAGAGUUGAGGACGCCAUCACUGUUGGCUGUGUCUGUAGAGGCUCCUCCCGUCCAUCUUGUAUGUGUGCCCAAAGCGGAGAAGACAGCAGUGUGGCGUUGCACUCCCUCCUCUCCACCCUCUGCUCCCUUCUCAACGCAUGCGCGGCCACACAAAUCUCUCUGACGUGUCGAUGGGGAUGGGAGCAGAGUGUUUUUUGCCAUUGUCGGAUUGAUAUCUUUGUCAAGAGUCAUUGCCGGUCAACACUUCAUCCAAGUCAUUGUUGUCUGGGCUGACAAAGCUGUUUUAUAGUGGUCGUGUGCGUGUUGGGGAGGGGAGGGGGUGGGGUGUAGGGGGGUAAGGGGGAGGGGGGGGGAGGGAGUAGGUAGGGGGGAUAGGAAAGGUCCCACAGUUCGUCAUGUGGUCAGUGCAACCCCUCAACCUUCUGCUGAGCAGAGGGUGGGGGCCAUUUAAUUGUGAAGGAUGUGAUGCGAGGUGUGUACCAGUAAUGGAUUUGGCAAAGCAACACUCUAAUGAGAGAACCUCAAGGGAGACCAUAGCCCAUUCGGCCCAUCGAGUCCGUUCGAUCUACCUGAAAUGUAACCCCGCUAUUACUCUUCCCCCACGUCCCCUCCUCGGUAAAUGAAAUGCUGAAAAUGCUCGGCAGGUCAGGUGGCGUCUGUGGAGCAAGGAACAGAGUUAAUGUUUUGGGUCAGUGAGUUAUCUUCAUAAUUGGGAAAGGUGAGAAGUCGACCACCUUCCUGUGAAGGGCAGAGGGGUGGCUGGCCAGGAGAAAGGGGGAAUGCCUGUGAUAGGAUGGGGCCACAGAGAAACUGAAUGAAAUAAUAAGUGGUGGUCGUGCCAGUGGAGAUAAUGUGAUGGGUCUCGUUUAAAAAAUAAAUAAAACAGCAUUUGCAGUUCCCUGUGUCUCCAAAACAACAUGUUGGGCAACACUGGAGAGAAACACAGAAAAAUACUUGAAAUUAAAAAGAAUCCCGGAAGUAUUAAACAAACUGGAAGGGUUGGAUAUCUGAAAUAGUUGCAUUCAACGUCAAGUCCAGAGAUGUGUUAUAUGCUCUCAGGACAGGUCAGCUGAAAUGGCCAAACCUCUAAUCUGACAAGUACCUGCGUGUUCAGUGUCUCAGUUAUCAUAUGGUCGCAGAGUUUCCCUUCUCUCCACCUCCCCUCCAUUUCACUGCACCCUUAAUCACCUUCACCUCUUGAUUUCUGAGGAAAGAUCAUUGACCCUACUUGCUCCACCGAUAUUGUCUGGAAAGUUGAAUAUCUCCAGCAUCUUCAGUUGUUAUUGCAGAUUUCCAGAACAUGCAGUUUUUAAAAAGUAAAUUGUGAUGGAGUUUUUAGAUUUCACCCCCUCACUCUCAAAAAUGUGACAUGAUUCCAAAGAUUUUGAGCCCUUUAACUGGGGGUUUUUUUGGCCUGGAAUCGCUUUUGCUAAUCCACGUGUUUGUCUUGGAUUUUUCUUCCAUGGCCAUGAGACCCUAAUUGGCCUCAGUGAGGCCCUCCUUCAACCUGGUGCAGCUUGUGUCGUCCUUCCUUGGAGCACAAACGCUUUGCGGCACUUCACUUUCCCCUGCGCUCUCCGCCUUCGAAGUGCUGGGGUCCUGAGUCAGUCUGAGGUGGAACUCUGUGGGCAGUCUGCUGACUUCUCCCUGUCCAUCACUCACAACCUCUUCACACUGAACAUGCUCACUCGAGUCCGUUCUGCUCCCUCGACUGACUUUACUUCCCAUCCUUUGCAUUGGCAAUCAUUAGCUUUCAGACAUUUGAGUCGAGGAUGAUGUGGGGGGAACGGAAGUAUGGAGGUAUUUAGGCUAAGAAUAUCUAUCAGCCACUGGGAAGUUGGACAAGCUUCCAGGAGUUGGAUGAAGCAUGGGAGCCACAGCACUGCCAUAUCCAUUCUCCGCUGGCUCUUUCUCACCUCGGUAACCAGGAUCUCCUGCUUGGGCACCACUUUGCGUUCGUUAGCUAUCGAGCAAGGUCCCUUGGACGAGCUGGCUUGCAGCCACCUUCAAAGAACUCCCAACCUUUGCCCAUUGGGGCCUCUCUCCUCAACUCUUGUCGGCCGAGGGAACUGGAGAGUGACGCCGCUGGUUAGCGAUGGGAAGAUGUUAUUGGCGAUGGGGUGGGAUGUUUGGAGAGGGCUCCUUCUUCAAGCAACAACAACAUCAGUUGCUCCAAAGAGACAGACAUGGGCAAGAGUAUCUGUGUGAAGCUGUGGAAACUUCAGCCCAGACUCUAACGGUGAUACACUAGACCCGAACUCAACAAACAUUGGGCAUGGAUGUGGUUGUACCGCUCUGAAGGCUCAUCCCUGCUAGAUGUGGGGAUGCAUUGGGCAGUCACACUAGUCUUUAUUAUCCAUAAUGUCUUUUUUUUCCUUAAGAUUGCAUUGCUCGUGACAUGACAUGGAAUGAUUCCUUCAUAGAGCACUGCUGUGUGUUAAUGAGCUUCACCAAACAUCUAGGUUUAGGGGUAUGGGGGGGGGGGUGCAGGUCAGGUCGGCAAGGGGCUGUAGAUUGCUCCAUUAGGCGAAUAGAGGCCAUCCUGAGUGUCACCUCAUCCAGUGACCAACCAACUACCCCUCAUCCCCGUCAGAAGAGAACUGGGCGUGUCGCCCGGCAGGUUCCCUCUCGAUUAGCAGCUUAGAAAACAGAGGAGAAAACCACAACCAUCAUCUCGUAAAUAUUGUCUACUUUAUUUCUCUGACACUUUCCUCGUGUGUUUCUGAUGGGGGGGGGGGGGGGGGGGGGGGGGGGGCUCAAUGGCCAAUGAAGUGUGGCGAUUGGCCUCAUUAGAGUUGAAGUCGCUGGAGUGACCAUUGAGUGGAUGCGAGUAAGACGAUAGAGGGUUCAGUAAAUAUUGUCAUCUUUAUUUCUGUGACACCUUUCUCGUGUUUCGAUGGGGGGGGGGGGGGGGGUGGAAGGUGCUCGAUGGCCAUUGAAGUGUGGCGAUUGUCAUAAUUAAUGUUGAAGUCGCUGGAGUGACCAGUGAGUUGAUGCAGGCAGCAGGACAGAGGGUUUCAGUAACUUGAUCAACACCCUUUGAGGGUUCAGUAACAUGAUCAACACCCAGGGGUUUAAACGUUGCUGAGGUUGGGUGGGUGGACUGGUAACCUGGAGACGAGUAAAUGGGUCAAGGGUUCCCAGUGAUGGAUGUGGGAGGAAAGUCCCAAAGGUUUGCCUCUGGACCCGGACCACUUUGUGUUUCAGGGACGGGCUGACCCUGGAGACUGGCUCUCCGAUCAGUUACGGGUUGGCUUACAACCCAAACUGUUGCUACACCCUGUAAAUCCAGGCUUUCAUUCCUUGAAUGUGUAAAUAGUAUAUAUCUACAAAUAUAUAUAUAUAUAUCUGUGGAUUAUUAUUUUUUAUUUUUCAGUUAACAUUAACAUGCUGCUAGGGAGGAGAGUAGUUGAGAUAUGGGGAGGGAGGGGGGGGGGGGGGGGAUGAUCCUGGGCAGUUGUUGCUCUGAUCUUGGUUUGGUUGGCAUGAGUUGAGAGCGUUUCACUGGAAGUGAAAGUGUGCACUGUUUUCCACCUGGUGAAAUCUCGGCCGGAGAGAGUAUUAAAGUUUUGACACAUCCACAUAACCUUUUGUCCAACAAAGCACUGUUGAUCAAUCUUUGUUGUCCUUUCCAUUUGGUUCCUUACCCGCCCUGCGAUGUUGUGUAGUAGCUUUCUGAAACUGGCACUUGUGUGGGCAUAAGAUGGAUACAUUGGCCUCUUGAUAAACCAAACGGGGUCUUAUUGAGUGGACCUGGUGAAGCAAUGCUAUCAUAUGUUCAGGUCAACAGCUGGCUGCAUUGGGCAGACCCUACCCAAGCACAUUGCACUCUAACUGAGCAAUGAUGUUCCGCCCUUGUCAUUACCACAGUUGUAACAAUUCCGCUCAUCCCAGCCGAGGCCAAUCAUCUUGUGGUGGAAACAUUUUUUUAAGUUGUUUGGCAAUAGUCUUCUGGCCAUUCUUUGUGCCCGCUGUUGUGGUUGCCCUGUCCAAGGCCGCAGUGGUGCGUGCACAGUACAUCAAUGUUACUGGAUCACUAGGAGACCAUGGGGCGUGGGCAUUGAACUGAGCCUGGCACUCUUGAGAGCCGGCGAUCGAUCAAUCGUUCAUCGGAAACAAAAGCCGUGGUGACGUCUAUUUUUAUUUUAAAUUGGCCCACGAACCACUCCGAUCCUGCUCUCUGUGGCAUGAUCGCUGGGCAUCUACCUGAUGAGAGUUUGGGAAUAAAGAGAGAGAGCGGGUGGAACCAUGCAAGAACGGGCAUUAUAAUGUGCUCUCCCCCUUCCCUGGCUUCCAGUUCAUUGCACCAGUGGUAGGCGGGCUGGAAGAUUUUGGGCAUUCUAACUACUUCGACCCCUUCUCAGGAUAAUAGUGAGUGAGUUUAGUGCCAGUUUCAGGGGGCUACUUUGCCACCUUUGGUUCAAGUCCAAGUUGGCUAAAUUGCAUCUUGCGUUGUCUCAAGAGCUGGAACGAUAGUUAAAAAUUGUUCUGUUGCUGCCUGUCUGUUAACAAAAAUAACUCUUGUUUCUGUUUUGUACCCUGUGCAAUAUCAGCACAUAGAAAUGCAGAUAAAUUUCAAGUGUAUUUUUCCAACGUUGCAUCAUGAAUAUCUGUCAAAUCUAUUUAAAUGCCUGUGAUCUCUUUGCAAGACUUUCACUGGCUGUUUGUAACAUGAUAUUUGUUAAUCUCAUUCCAAGUUGGUUCAAUAACUACAAAAUUUAAAAAAAAUGGUGUAAAUUUAGCAACAAAAC